AACUUCCGGUGCUGAGCUCGCCGGGGCCUUUUGGAUCAGUCCGUUCUCUUCUGCACGUGUCAGCCGCCGUCUCUAUAGCUUUCGCGAUGCUCCCUCUGCUGCGCUGCGCGCCCCGCGCCUUGGGUGCCGCCGUCGCCGGCCUCCGCGCUGCUGCGCCCUCCGCACCUCUCCGGCCGCUACUGCAGCCCGCGCCGCGGCCGUGCACCCGGCCCUUUGGGCUCCUCAGCGUGCGCGCAGGCUCUGCGCGGCGGCCCAGCCUCCUGCGGCCUCGCGGACCUUGCGCCUGUGGCUGCGGCGGGCUGCACACCGAAGGGGACAAAGCUUUUGUUGAAUUCCUGAAUGAUGAAAUUAAAGAGGAAAAGAAGAUACAGAAGCAUAAGUCCCUCCCCAAGAUGUCUGGAGGUUGGGAUCUGGAAGUGAAUGGGACAGAAGCCAAAUUAGUGCGGAAUGUUGGUGGAGAAAAAAUCACUGUCACUUUCAACAUUAACAAUAGUAUCCCACCCACAUAUGACGGGGAGGAAGAGCCCUCCCAAGGGCAGAAGGCUGAAGAACAGGAGCCUGAAUUGACAUCCACUCCCAAUUUUGUGGUUGAAGUUAUAAAGAAAGAUGGCAAGAAGGCCCUUGUGCUGGACUGUCACUAUCCAGAAGAUGAGGUUGGACAAGAAGAAGAGGGCGAGAGUGACAUUUUCUCCAUCAGGGAAGUAAGCUUCCAGUCCACUGGUGAAUCUGAAUGGAAGGAUACAAAUUACACACUCAACACAGAUUCCCUGGAUUGGGCCUUAUAUGAUCACCUAAUGGAUUUCCUUGCGGACCGAGGGGUGGACAACACUUUUGCAGAUGAGUUGGUGGAGCUUAGCACAGCCCUAGAGCACCAGGAGUACAUUACUUUUCUGGAAGACCUCAAAAGUUUCGUCAAAAGCCAAUAGAGCAGACAAGAUGCUGAAUACCUUAAUUUUAUGGCAGGCUUUGCCAGUGAACAAAACCUAAUCUGAUGCCAGGCAUGUACUUUGAAAUGUUUUCGUCCUAACAUCAUGGAAAACGAUUUGAAUUUAAAUUAUUUGUUGCCUUUUAUUUACUAUUCAUUUCUUUCCUCUGUACAAAUCUAUUAUUUCUAGAUUUUUGUAUAACAUAAUGAUGGACAAUAAAAUUGGUUUAUCUCUAAGGUGGUGAUUUAUCUCUAAGGUAAUCUC